CAGAUUGACUGUAUCAUGUCCUGUAUAUCUUCCACCAUUGAUGCAAUUCCAUACCACUUAUAGCUCAACCAGCCAUCGGUUAAUGACCCCGCAAAACCCGGUCCAGCAGGAUCUCUUAUAUGACCGCCAACCCACUGAGCGACAAAAUUAUUUCCUCUUUUCUUGUCAUAUUCUUUCCCUAAAAUUUCUUAUCUUUAGACAAUUCACACCACAGCAAUCACAAUGGCUCCCCCAGCUGUGUUGAUGGUAGGAACAGGCGAGUACACGACCGGCUACGUCGGCGGUACAGCCUCGACCUCCGACAAGAAAGUGGGUGUCGUGGGCUUGACGCUCUUCGACUUGCGUCGUCGCGGCAAAGUCGGCGAUUUGAGCAUGGUGGGUGUAUCUGGAUCCAAAUUCCCCGGAAUCCGCGCACACUUGCAGAAGAAUAUCUCCGAAGUCUACAACGGCCUUGAUGUCUCUUUCACCUCCUUCCCCGCCGACAACACCUCCGACCCAGAAGCCUACAAAGCCGCCAUUGACGCCCUCCCCGCCGGCUCUGCAAUCACCAUUUUCACUCCCGACCCCACCCAUUAUCCCAUCGCUUUGUACGCCAUUCAGCGCAAGAUCCACGUUCUCAUCACCAAGCCUGCGACCAAGCUCCUCUCCGACCACCUCGACCUGCUCGCUGAGUCUCGCAAGCACAAUGUAGUUGUGUACAUUGAGCACCACAAGCGCUUCGACCCGGCCUACAGUGACGCUCGUGCUAAGGCUGCCAAGCUCGGCGACUUCAACUACUUUUACAGCUACAUGAGUCAGCCCAAGAGCCAGCUGGAGACGUUCAAGGCUUGGGCUGGCAAGGACUCGGAUAUCUCUUAUUAUUUGAACAGCCACCACGUGGACGUUAAUGAGAGCAUGGUGCCGGACUAUGUCCCCGUGAAGGUAACGGCUAGUGCGGCUACAGGAACUGCUGUCGAACUGGGUUGUGCCCAUGAGACGGAGGACACGAUUACUCUGCUUGUGGAAUGGAAGAAGAAGGAUGGGUCACGAAUGGCUACGGGUGUUUACACAUCUAGUUGGACCGCGCCACAGAGGGCCGGUGUACACUCUAACCAAUACUUCCAUUAUAUGGGAUCGAAGGGCGAAAUUCGUGUUAAUCAGGCUAAGCGUGGCUAUGAUGUUGCCGAGGAUGAGGCUGGAUUGUCUUGGAUUAACCCGUUCUAUAUGAAGUACGCACCCGACGAGGAGGGUAACUUCGGUGGUCAGACUGGCUACGGAUACAUCAGUUUCGAGAAGUUCAUUGAUGCCGUCACAGCUGUUAAUGAGGGACGGUUGACGCUUGAUCAGCUGGAUGCCAGGCCGAUCCCGACUUUGAAGAACACGAUUGCCACAACGGCAAUCCUGCAUGCAGGACGCAUUUCCUUGGAUGAGAAGCGGUCGGUGGAGAUCGUGACUGAGGAUGGAAAGUGGGAGCUGAAGUAGAUACCUUUAGAGACACUUGUAUGUAAUUACUUUGUUAUGUAUGGCUGUAUGAACGUUUAUGAUUCUGGUCC